GCCGAAGGAGAGUUACAAAAAGAGUCUUAUUCGUUCCGCAGUACGUCCUAAGCCGUGUACUGUCUUUCACACGUUACAAGUAGAAAAUGGUGGAAAAUCACCGGGCACGGUACGACUGCUCCCCCACUUUCGGUCAAUCUGGAAGCCUUGACGCUUACUAGGCAUCACAUUUGAAUGCUGUGAGCCUUUUCUCCACUUUAGUCGAGAUCGGCUCACGUAAGCUCUUUACAGCCGUAGUGGCUGGACAUCUCAGCGUUCUCCCCAGAAAAAGGUAGUUUGCGCAAACCUAGGAAUCCCAUUUUAUAGUGUGUAAUAGGGAGUCGACCUUCAGUUGUUAUCGGUUUGAUAUUGCACGCCAUGAGUACAUAAGGGAAAGGAAAGGUUUUACCCCAAUUUCAUGAGGGUCGCCGAGCAACUUAGAGACUCCGUCCUUAUCGGUAUCAAUCGGUUGCUCCACUGUACGGUCGACAUCUUAGGUGGUGCAUUUUCCCUUAUCUCUAGAGCGCGGAUAUCGUACUCGGCAAGUCCAGGUGUACAGAAACAUACUUUUGCGCAGAAAAAGUCACGAACACGACUCACUCGGCUCCCCCAUCCCGCCGCAGCUAACGGGACUGUGUCACUUUAUGUCCUCUGUGAAGUGACCGUGGUGGAAUGCGUGGCGUGCGUUUCCCUCGCAGGUCCACCAGGAGGGAACUGUUCGUCAAACGACGUCCGCUGAAGAGACUCUGAUGCACGCUCAAAAGUGGCAAAUCUGGUACCUGCAUGCGAACUCGCUGCUUCAGUCCCUGUGACGGCUGUCGUUGUCCGUUUGACGCAUGUGAACAGUUUCCUCGCUGUAGUGAAUUCCGCCCGUUUGCCUAGGGUCCAGAUCCCCAAUACCCCUCCAGGAAGCUCUCUGAAUAUUUAUUUAUCUUUAUAUCUGUACAUGAGUUUAUGCACAGGCUAUCGCGCGGCGCUUCCUGCUUUUCCACGCCGGGGUCCCGAGAGCCGUUUACAGUGUUGGUAUUGCAGGGUUUCUCGUUUUUGUCUCAACCGCGUUUCUCUCGGGGGACUCGCUAGCGAGGUGGUCCCGUGCCAGUGUACGGGAAGAAGAGCUCAGUUUCUCUGGAUUUUUAGUUUUGAAACGUCACUGGCACGUGAAUCACUGAUAGGAAUUAUCUGUAUCUUACUUUUCGGCAACAGAAACCCUGGGCGUUGUGGUUCGCCGGCAGCUCUCGUGCCACGCGCGACGCAUCGAAGCUCCAGAACAGAGGCCAGUCUUCAGACAGCUUCGCGGCCGGCCAUUCCGCGCGCGGGUUGUCUGGUUGCUGUUCGCCACGGACUGUUCGAGCCAUUUGCGUUGCUCACCGUUGCGACGUUCCUGUCAUUCUUAUUCCUUUUGUUGGACUUUCUUCCGGCCUUCAAGUUCUACAUAGGAAGCUCCGUGCCACCGUGUUUCUCGGCGGUGUCUGCUCCUCCCGAAGACGGCGGCGCGGCCGAGUUGCGCAGCGCCGUUUGUUCCUUUUUCCCGAGGCAUUUCUGCCUUUCCACGAAUCUCGAGGUUGAUGGAAGUUUAUGCAGAUAACGAAAAGUCACUCGACUCAAAAGUUCUCAGAAAACUACGCUUCUUCACACGUCCUCGUCUCGAAGCUUCGCGGCCGACCAACAAGCGCGAGCGCAGUGGCGGUGCAAGUCGACUCGGACAGCUCUCUUUACGCGAGAAUCAGGUGUUUCUUUCUGUGUUCUCGGUGGCAGACAAACAGGAGGGUUUUGUUAAACGGGAAGUCGACUCGGAAGAACGUUGUUAGCGGUAGUUUCAGAAAACACCCGACGAAAUCCUGCAGGGAAACGGGCGUGGAGAGUCGAGGAAGUCUGCUCGCGGCAGCUCCGCUGAGACAACCCGGACGAUUCUAAAGAAGAAGCUGCGUCACGAGUGCAACUCCCUUUUCCCCAACAUACAUCGAACAAUUCGUGACCUCGCGUCUUCACCGUGUUUUUCCCUCUUCAUUUGCCGGGAAUCUCCGGAAAGCGGCCCGCUCUCCUGUGUGGAGUUCUGUCUUUCGAGCUGCGCGUAUAUGUGCAAAGUCUUCGGCGCGUCACAUAGCGCGGAGAGUGAAGAGAAAAACUCUUUGAUCUUCAUCGAUUUUCGUCUUUGAAAAGUCACCGGAAGCCGGGGCAAAAGACGAAGAGAAACGCUCGCAGGUGACCCAUCGCGGGAAUCCAAGCUUCGCUCUCUCGCGUGCGUUGAGACAAGCGCGCGCCUAGUGUUGACUGUGACACGCGCUUCUCACAAUCGCUAUUUUCUUUUUCUCCUUUCACCGCGACUUUUUUCCAAAAUUCCAUGCUGACUGUCGGCACGGAAGAGAACCAGAAAAUAACCUCUGUCGCAGGCGGUUUACCGGGAUACCCCUGGAGCUCUUUUCGAAGGCACCCAGACACGCGGCCUCCGUCAACUGCGGCCGUCGCUGGAAUUUUUUUUUCUCUCACUUGUCUCCUUGCGUUCCGCGAGAGAGGAGGCAAACCGUGUUUUCCAUUUUCGAAAAAAUAAUUUGUUUGCCCCUUUUAUUUGGAAAGGUCGAUACCCCAGAGGAGCCCCAGUUCCGGUAGCGGUCUACCUGUUGCAGCAUAUCUGUUGGUGAGUUUGGCAAUAACUUUGGCGCCCAUCUGUCGUUGAGUUGCCUCUCGGACGGAUCUUCAAAGAAGACACAAAAGACAGAAGUCGAACGACGAAACGUGUUGAACAAGCUGCUGGCUCCCCCGUAAAAAGCGGCGGCCAACGAUUGCACUCUUGUCUACGAGCAAAGUCAGUUCCGGGAACUGGAGGCGUUUUCUCUGAAUACUUGCCUUCCUGUCGUGUGUGUCAUUCUGGAUCUAAUAAAAGAGUGAAAAAUCGGGAUAUUUCGGGAAGGCCCCAGUCUUGACGUUUACGCAGGUGAACCCCUUGUUUUCCACCAAAAUGGAAGAGCUCUCUCACGCCUCUCUGCCGCGGUUCGUGGCUGCGGCCGAGACAAAGGGAGACAAAGAAGUUACGGGAAAAGAUCGAUUCUUUGUGGGCAGAGCAGAACAUAGCCCAAGAGACACUGACUUUGAAAAUGCAGUGGGUAACCAGCUCCUGGCAGGGACGCGUCUGGCGCAGUCGUCGGGGGCCUGCUACGUGAAAAUGCUAAUUAGCAACCAACUCGCGGGAAUGAUAAUUGGCAACACCGGACAGGAAAUCAAGCACCUCAAACAGGUCACCGGCGCGAAAAUCGUCCUUUCUCCCCACGGCAUGUACUUCCCCGGGACGACAGAACGGCUGGUGGCGGCAGAAGGCACGGAGCGCGCUGUGUUUCAAGUUGUCGACUGGAUCAUCGAUCGCAUGGACGAGCUGGCGCAGAUGCCCUCUCAACCUUCCACCGAGGAUCUGCUACGGUCGACAACGUCUUUGAGCAGCGGCUCCGGCGGCUCGCUGUCCCGAACUCUCGCCUGCAAGAUUUGCGUUCCGCGUGCGGUGAUUGGAAGUUUGAUUGGCAAGAAAGGCGGGUACAUCCAGUCUGUUCGCCUUGCGACAGAAGCCAACAUUAAUAUUUCUCCACUGUUUGUGACCGCAGACGAAGCGUGUGCCGAGCGGGUUGUCACGGUUGAAUCUCCCCGGAAGCAGAGUCUGAGGACGGCGGUCUUCACCCUCGCAAGGAAAAUCAACACGCACCCCGAAAAGGCGACUUGCAAACACGUCUGCUACUACCGGAAGCUGAGCUUCGAGGCGCCGCCGGGGGUCGCGGAGCGCGCACACAGACAGUCACGGUCGCGGAAUCAGAGUCAACAAAGCCUUCCGAGGAGAGCGCUCUUCGACGACGCUUCGCCUGAGGCGGCUCUGAACGGGAACGACGCAGCGGAGCUCCUGUGCACUUCAACCUCAUCGGCAUGUAGCGCGAACCCGCGGACCUCUCGCAGCUCGCUGUCGAAGAUCGGAGGCGGCGGCAGCGCGCUUCCCGCCCACGACGAGUUCAGCGCCUUCGAGGCCUUCUCGGCAGCUCACUCCCGCCAGUCUUCCCGUCUCGUGUUCAGAACCGCCGAGAGCCUCAAGGCCCUCACUCAGCAUCAGUCCCAGCCGUCCCUGGAUGCGUCCACGGGCGUCGACAGCGGCAGCGAUGAAGGUGCGGGUUACCCAGCUCGGGGAGAGCAUCAUCUUCGUCACCCUGUGACGGGUCUCUGCGACUCCCGCGCAGAGUUUCUGAACCCCAAAGUCUCCACAGUCGUUGUUCGACGCAGCGACCUGGGCGCUGUAGGUGCGCCUGUCCGCACUGCGGGUUCUGCAGAUGCCGCGGCGACUCUCCAGCUCUACCUGAAGCAGUCUGCGUCUCUAGGCGGGGAAAGAGCACACGGCCCUGAUGUCGUGGGAGACGGCGAAGCAGCGAACUUGGACACAUGCCACGACACUCCCUCGACUGUGUGCAGCACCGCGGCAGGAAGCAUGGCUCGGCUGGCGAGCAUUCUGCAGUGCAUUCAGGAAGAGUCGGAGCAGCACGAGUGGAGGAACUUGGGAGGCUCAGAUGCCCCACGAAAGGGAAGCGGCGGGUCCGGCAAGGCCUCCGGGUCGUCGACUUUGGACGCAAGCGCUCCUGAAUUUUUCCCGCUGAGGCCACGAUCUGAGGAAGUGCUUGUAGAAGCCAGAAAAAGCGUCGCGAAUGGCGUGGGGAGGGCUGCUGGGAGCGUCAGGGAAGUUGCUGCAGUUGCUCUCGGCGGCGGGCUGAGCGCGGAGCUGUCCCAUAGACGGCUCCUGGAGCAUCCCGUGCACAAGCUGCGGGAAGGGAAGGCCGAGGAAUGCCUGGAAGGGACGAAACAGUUGAGCACUGCCAUCGCAAAGGUCGAGUCGGAGAGAGACGCAGAGGUGAACGCAUCACGGCAGCCACCGGUGAACAGCCAAACGAAAGGUCCGGAAGGAACGAAUUCCGAGAAAUCAAUGGAGGCGGAUAAACAUAGCGAAGCUGCCCAGCCGGAGAUCGCGGGGAUCGGUGCACUCUUCGAUGAAGGCUUUUUGACGUUCAUGAAGAUGUGGACUCUUGCCAUCGUCUUGGGAUUCGUCGCGUAUCUCGCGGCGAAAUGUUUUUUCGUCGAAGCGUGACAGUGGGACUUGGAGACCGAGUGGAGACGUCUCCAGACCUGCGUCACCGCGUAGAGUUCGCUCCUGUGUCUGCAGGAGAAGCUGUGGAAAGGAAUCCAUUUUGUUUUCCGUGAAUGAAGAAGUCCAGUACCGCGUUCUGGUGAAUAGACUCAUAUGAUGCGCUACUUCGUGAACAUUUACCUGUAGACAUACACUCUGGACGUGUAUAUGUGUUUUUGGCUUCCGAAAAAGUAUCGAAAUGAGAGAAUGUGCGUGAUAUGUCUGGGUCAGGUCCUCUGCGCGGAACCUGUUCGUAUUUUAGCGGACUCAGGACCCGCCGCGGAAGGGACAUUUAAAACCGUUGUCUGGGACCGUGUGAGGAAAAGUUUGCAAGAAAGGUGUUCUCUGCCUUGUGUGGACCGUGUGGUUUUCGCGUGAGUGAGAAUCAGUUUUGUUUCUAUCGAACAACUGAGACUGUACCUUUACCACGGUUCUCUCACUUAUUUUCCUGUCACA